UUUAGCAUGUGGAGUCUAUGUUGAAACGGUCCCUGUGUAUGUGUGUUUACGUGUACAUCUAGCGUAAUUGUGUAUUUGAUAGAGCUUAAAUGUAGUUUAAGAAACUAAAGCUGGUAUAGAUGAUUACAAGUGUAGAAUAGAUGGUGUGUAGAAGUGGUGAGUAGAAGAAUUGUUUGCGGUUAGGUUAAAUUAAAGUGAUAAGAUGAGUCUUCACCCUUCCACACGACGUGUGAUAUUACCCUCGUUGAUCCUGGUUUUGGUGAUGGUUUUAACUCUUUUGUAUUUCGACCAGAAGAAAGGGCCUCUUUCUACGAAUCUAGAAGAUUACACUCCUCUUCCACGAUAUAAAAGAGUGACAGAAUGGAGCAAGAUCUCAAUUCACGACGUUCUUUCUGCAGCCAUCGCAGAUUUCCACAACAUCUGGUAUUGUCAGCGCGCUGUGGUUUUCCUUGCUAGAGGGGUCCUUCUAGGACACACCCUGACUGACUGUGACUCCAUAGAACCGUCCAUGGGUCUGGUGAUGGUGGAUGAUACCCUACACUACUACGGGAGUGCGAUGGUCAAGCAAGGACCUCUGAAGAAUACGUUUGUGACGGCCGAGAGAGUACCCCAGGAACAGACGUGUAAAAUGACAUACUACAUUCUCACUGACGGUCACAGGCCAACAAUAAAGGAUAAAUCAGAACCUGAAGUAGCUCAAGCUAACACCGACCAUGAAUGCUAUUCAUUGGUCCACUUCAAAAUGCCUACGAUGAUGCUUCUGUCCACUAACGGCACCACAGGCGAGUUCAUCCCUGGCAAGUUCUGGGUGACCAUCAACCCCUGGGAGCCUAUAGGGGUGGUAGCCAGGUCGUUCUCGCAUGGUCAGAGAUGUUACCGUCUUCUGGUCAUCACCAGUCAUGGUCGGAGUGUACAGGCUGUGAAGGUGUCUUGCGGACCUGUUGAGAAUUUGGUGAUAACUAGAGACUCUCUCUACUACAGUGACGCAAUCUGGGUCAGAAAAACUCAGGCUGACACUUUUGUCUUCACAUACAACCUCAAAAGAAGUGGAGAAUGUAUUAAGAAGACCGUUAUUCUAGAGAACAAAGAUGGACCAUCUGGAGUGCCCAACGAGUCUGAAGAAACCUUAGGUCAACAAGACGACGAGUGCCUAAGUCUAGUCGGAGGAAGAGUUCCUAAAGCGACGAUUGGUCAUAGAACUGUAACUGAACUUGUAGGAAGAUUAAAGACAAACAACACUCAUGACUUCGAUCCUUUCGGUGGGCUGAAGAAGUACAAACCAUUCAGUAACUGGAGUUACUUCAACCUUCAAGUAGAUCUAGGGGUAGCAGUGAGAGCCUAUGAGAACCUGGAUGACUAUUCGAUUCAUACACUCGUGGUGUUGAUAGCCAGAGGAAUCCCCCUGUCAGCGGAUCUUCUACCCUUCACUCCCAUAGAGCGUCUGGUGAUGAGAGAGGAUGUCUUGUACUUCAAUACUAGCAUCAUGUUGAGAAGGGAGAAAGAUGACACUUACACAACACUUGUCAAACUGGAUGAUGAAAACUGCUUCAAAAAGGUGUUCGUGGUCAAACUUGAGAAUAAAAGGUAUUUAAAACAAGAACUUCCUGUUUUGGGAGGAUCGGUGUCAAAAGAUACGCAUGAAGACUGCAUGGAUCUGACAGAAGGAAGGAAAUUGAAAAGUGCGGAUUUCGUUGGAUAUAAAAACGAAACAGAUCAGAUUGGAAUUCCCAAUAACCUUCCAAUGGAAGUAAAUAUCAGGAGUGGAUAUUAGUAGAACUUAACUUUCUAAUUAUUGUAAAUUAAAACUGUCUACUGUGGAUCAGUUGUCAUUAAGUACAGAGAGUGUUAAGAGUGUUUUUGGUGUUUUAAGAGUAAGACCAUUCAUCAAAGUUGUUGAAGUUAAAAUUAUAAAAGUAAACAAAAAUAACAAUUCACAAAAUGUAAAAUCUGCAUCAGAGCUACUACGAUCCUCUUCUUUGACCCUCGUUAACGAUGUAUUGUAGUUGCGAGUUUUGGAUUGCAUCACAAUUAUUGUGAGCUGCUGGCAAGUUAAUGGUGGUGUGUGAGAUUAGAUAGAUCUUUUUUUUUAUUUUUGGAAAUGUCUGUAUGCGUUUAGUUGAUAUGUUAAAACAUGUUUAGUAAUAGACAUACGAUUUAUAAGUAAAUCCGACUGUGGGAUGCUUAUAAGUCUUAAUUAUGAUUUUUCUAACUUUGUUUUGUGGUCUGUCCAAGUUUGUCCAAGUUUCAAUUUGUUUAAAUAUUGUUAGUGUAGUAAACUAUAGAAAACUAUCUUCUCAUUCUGUUUUCUGAAGUUUGUUUUGUAAGACGUACGUUUUAAUUAUGAUGAUUUAAAAAUGGUUUAAGUUUCUGUCCAAUUUCUAAGGAUGAAUAUGUUUUAAAUAAUGUUAAUCUGUUACAUAACUACUGUUAACUUUUGAGUGGUUGAUUUUAACUAAAAGAAAAUCUAACAAGUUUAAAUUUUACAGAGCGCGCUUUGCUAUAAGAUUAAAAAAAUACGAAAAUAAUGUUCUAUUGACAUGUGGAAAAUAUUAACUACAAUAAGGAAAGGACAUAAUCACAUUGAAGCGUUACCACGGAACCUACACGUAUAGUGGAGAAUAUGGGUUAUUUGUUGCAAACUUCUAAUUAAUUUAUUUCAAGGUAGUAUUAUUACUUUGUUUAAUGACCAGUGACAAAGUCCAGGUUCUAAGAUAAUAUUUUAUACAUACAUGAUCAUCGAUGCCUCAGAAAUUACGAGGCAUAGAUGAAGUCUUAGAAAGCUUUAGAAGCUUUAUAAACACCUCUCGUAUGCCAAUCAUAUUAAUUAUUUACCUGGAUCUAUUUUACACAUUUCCAUUAAUCAAUAAAACCGUUUAUUUCCAAUACGAUUCACGUGGAAAUACUUCAUGGUUUACUUAAAAUUCUACAAAAGACACAAACUUUGCAGUAGUCUGCUAUUAGCAAUUCCAAUGCUGAGAACAUUGUAAAGGCGUUUCCUAAUGAAUGCGUUAUUUUGCUAGAAACAGUUAGAGGAACUUCUGAAUAGAUUUGCUUAGUUUAGCUUAAACCAAUUUACCACAGAUUGUUUUACGAAUUGUUAAGCCAAGCAAAAAUCUGAGUUAGUUUAGGUCCGUCACAAAAAUAAAAUAAGCUUAAUAGUUUUAUGUAAUUUAAAUUACAAAACACUAAAGGACUACUACUUUCAAAAUAAAUGUAGUGCUAAGGUAAUAGUUGUUUUUAUUCCGAAGGUAAAAAUAGCCGGUUUGUAUUCAUGAUUCAUGUAUUCAUGUAAAAUUUGUUCCCUGACCUUGCUGAAUGAAAGUUUUAAAAUAACAAUUACAUAUCUAUCGUUAUUGGACAUUGGUAUCGCUAAAAAAUUUUGUUCGUCAUACUAGGCGGGAACGAAACAUACUAAAAUGUGGCUGGAAACUUGCUGUUUUAAUUUAAAAUAACAUAUGUUCCCUUGUUGUCUUUUCACAUCACUAAAAUUAGCUUCAUGUUAAUCUUAUGGUGAAUGCCUAUUUUUGCCGGACAGUUCCUUUCCGACCAGUUUUAGAAAUAUUAUUACUUUUGAGCUGACUUUUAUUGUUGUCAAAUCAUUGGUUACAGUUAACCUCUAAUUGAUGUUACACGUGUGAUGCAUAUUAGUGCAUGGCAUUGUGUUUUUGUGAUUUCUAAAAUAAUGGCUAGCGGAAGAGGAAAUUUGUCCUUAAAAAUGUUGGACAGAGUAAGUCAAGUUUCAAAUGACUUGCUACCUCAAGUAUCUCGUAACAGAUUUGUCAACUGGUGUGCUAAUGAAGAGUCAAUUAUCAUACUUGUUUGAAGCAUGACGAAAAGUAUCGUUCAAUCGACCGAAAAGCUCUUUGCCAGUGCUUGAUCUAAACACGAUCUCGCACUGGCAAAGAUAGUUUUUCCAGAUUAGUAACCAAAUAUACUAUCAUGUAAACGCACUGUAAUUGCGAUUUUGAUCUGAUUGAUGGAGCCAGGUAUGUGUUUUUGUGUUUCUCUUUGCUUUGUAGCUUGUUCAAAUCCUUUGGUAUAUUAAUUACAUAUAACAACCUUUUCGUGGAGUACCCAAAAUAAAAUAAUAAAAGGGAAGAAUUUUAAAUAUGAAAGAAAGGCUCUUACAGAGGUCUGUAUAUAAAUUAAGCUCAAUAUAAACGCCUGCUAGACUGUUGGUGACAUUUAACGUUUACAGGGACACAGUCAAAGUGGAAUGUGUAAUUAACUGAGGGUUGAUCAAAGUCUUCCCCUCCUUGUCAAUGUCGAAGGUGGUUGAUAGAAUGUGAACUUUACCAAAAUUAUCCAUGUGUAAAGUUACGCACCAUAAAUUACUUUAAUACUGACGAACAUUACAUUAAUGUAUAAUAGAGGAUUCUCACGCGUAAACAAAUCUUGAAAAAUUGGAACGUAUUUCAACUUAAUAAAUUAGGCUAUAUUUAUUUUAAAUAUUGUCAAAUAAAUAUUUCUUUGUGUUCAAUAAUAAAUGCGUGAAUGUAAGGGUUUCAUAUGUAAUACAUAUAUUGAUAGUGGAAAUUUAUGAUUUGUUAAGUUGGUUACAUAUGAAACUAGAUCUUUCUUAACCUUUGAAACGUCUUCGCUUCAACUUGACAUUAUCUUAAUCUGACCUUUAUAUGUCAGAAGAAUAUCUUAACUCAUCUUUUAGCACACUAUUUUGCUAUGCUAUUAGUAACCAAGACAACUGUAAAAGAAGUUAACUAAUUUCUUGGACCUGGAAUAUUAAAAGUAUUCUUGUAGGAUAAUUAUACAAAUGUCAACUAGAGUUAAACUAAUUAAUGAGCCACAUAAAAAGAGUUAGCAAAGUUGAAAAAUAAACGGACUAAGAAGCUAUUUUUUUGUAUGUAGAAAACCAUUAAUAAUGAAACAAUAUUUCAACUAAAAGACUUUUGGACCCUUGCCUUUUCUCCCAUCCGAGUAUUAAGUAAUAUCAACUGUUCAUCUAUGCAUGCUAAACUUCCUACUUGCUCAUCGCUCAUCGGAUAUUUUACACACUUCAUUGUAAAGUGAUAUUGCCAUUACUAUAUGCUCAGGCCUUCCUACUUUGAUAUGUAUGA